AUGGCGUCUGCUGCAAUCGAGGCAUCAAUCGUCGACACAGUCGGGCCCAAGAAAGACACCUUGCCCCUCCCAGAGCCAGCCCGGCAACGGCUGAUCAGGUCUGGAGUAGACCUGACCAACGGAUAUCCAUACCGUCCACUAGUACCCUUGUAUCUCCAGGAUGUCUACCAACUCCGCAGUGCUGAGCGUAUCCAUGAAGAUGCAGGGGCCAGAGCUGACAAGUCCAAAAAGAAUCUGUUUUCGGCGGCAAGCAAGGUGACCGACCUGACAGCCCAUAUCGGUACUGAGAUUGAGGGUCUCCAGUUGAAGGACCUGACACCCGAGCAACGUGACGAGCUUGCUCUUUUGAUCGCGGAACGCAGUGUUGUGUUUCUCAGAGACCAAGAUAUUUCCCCACAACAACAGAGGGAGCUAGGAGAAUGGUUUGGUGAGGUUGAAGUGCAUCCCCAGGUCCCACAAGUGCCUGGCGUCCCGGGCGUGACUGUCAUCUGGCCAGACCUCCAGGCCCAAGAUUUGCCCGCCAACUUUCGUAACCCAGGAGGAGCGUCUCGAUGGCACACCGAUCUUGUCCAUGAACGACAGCCGGCAGGCAUUACCCACCUCCACAACGACACUGUGCCUCCGGUUGGGGGGGACACGCUCUGGGCCUCGGGAUACGGUGCUUAUGAGAAAUUAUCCCCCGAAUUCCGCAAGUUCAUUGAUGGAAAACAAGCUGUGUAUCGCUCCGCACAUGCCUAUCUUGACCGCGAGAAUCCGAGUGCCGGUCCAAAGUUCGUCGAAAGGGUCCAUCCUCUUGUUCGUGUGCACCCUGCAACAGGCUGGAAAGCACUCUGGGUGAACCGCGCGAUGACGACGAGGAUAGUUGGAUUGGAUAAAGCUGAGAGCGACUUGAUCUUGAAUUAUCUGCAUGACGUGUAUGAGAAGAACGCGGAUAUCCAGGUCCGAUUCCGAUGGACCGCCGGGACCAGUGCUCUGUGGGACAACAGCGCCAGUUGGGAUUACGAAGGAAAGUAUUCAAGACACGGCACUCGUGUCACAUCGCUUGCCGAAAAGCCCUACUUCGACUCAAAGGCCCCGACUCGUCGACAGGCUUUGGGUCUUCUGGAUGAAGACGAGAAGGAGGCUCUUGGUCUGGCAAGGGACAGGGUGGGCGACCACUCGCCUUGA